AUGAGCAAUACCCAUUACACUAAGCUCGAGACCGACAGCGAGAGCGGCGACCAAGAAGCCCUCCUCUCCAACAAUACUGCCGCCCAGAACAGACCACAAACAUCCCGAUUCCCAUCGAUACCCCACUCACUCAUCACUGCCGUCCUUGUCUGCCUCGCCUUCGGUGCCGGCACUUUCAUCCAAUCCCUCCCUUACUUCAACAAAGACGCCCUCUGCGCCGCCCACACCGUCCAAUACACCCCACCUAUCAUCGCCUCCGGCAGCCCCGCCAUCACCUAUUCAACCGUCUCCUACAAUGGCUCAUUCUUGAAAGAAGACGUCUAUCGCCAAGACGCCUCACCGAAAGUUGACGCCGCCUGGGAAGCCCUCGGCGUGAACUACCGCUCAAUCAAAGUCCCGGACUCGCAAGCCGCCGCCGCGGGCCUCACCAAGGACCACAUCCGCAUAAAUUCCAAGUACGGCGGCGGCUACCCCGCCAACGUCGAAGGCUUGCACCAUCUGCACUGCCUCAACCUCCUGCGCCAGACCUCGAAGUACAACUUCGACUACUACAAGGCUCUUGGCCAGGGAGCGUUCAAAAACGACGACACGAUCGUCAAGCUCCACGUCACGCACUGCCUCGACAUACUGCGGCAGCAGCUGAUGUGCCGUGCGGAUGUGGGCGUGUUUGGGCAGGUGUGGACACAGCCGGAGAAUCCGAAGGCGUUUGUGGACUUCAACACCGACCACAAGUGUGUCAACUAUGAUGCAAUAAGGCAGUGGGCUGAGGAGAGGCAAUUGCCGGAGGAUGUGCCCGAGGACUAUCUGCAGGGGCCGGUACCGGGACAGAAGAUCUAUGCUGGUACGCCUUGA